GCCAUAUUACGGCUGGCGCCGGCAGUCCCCGCUUCCCGGAUCUGCGCAGAGCGGGCGGCUGGAGCCAUGGUGUUGAACGCAGUGCUAGGGAAGCUGGGCAGUAAGAGAGUGGUGCUGGCCAGCGCUUCGCCGCGCCGCCAGGAGAUCCUUACCAACGUGGGCCUGCGGUUUGAGGUGGUUCCAUCCUGGUUUAAGGAGACACUUGAAAAGUCAUCUUUUGCAGCCCCUUAUGAGUAUGCUGUGGAAACAGCAAAACAGAAGGCUCUUGAAGUAGCUAACAGAAUGCAUGUAAAACACCUGAGAACACCUGAUAUUGUCAUAGGAGCAGACACUAUUGUGAGUGUGGAUGAACAGAUCCUGGAGAAGCCAGUUGAUAAGCAAGAUGCAUAUAGGAUGCUAUCAAGGUUGAGUGGGAAAGAGCACAGUGUUUUCACAGGAGUGGCAAUUCUGCAUUGCAGAAAUAAAGAUAAUCAGCUAGAGACAGAAAUCACUGAUUUCUAUGAAGAGACUAAGGUAAAAUUUUCUGACCUGUCUGAAGAGCUCUUAUGGGAGUACAUUCAUAGUGGAGAGCCAAUGGACAAGGCUGGUGGAUAUGGAAUCCAGGCCCUCGGUGGGAUGCUAGUUGAGUAUGUCCAUGGAGACUUCUUGAAUGUGAUGGGAUUUCCUCUGAAUCACUUCUGCAAAAAGCUAGCAGAAUUGUACUAUCCACCCUCUAAACAUAACAUAGAACACAAAAAGUAUGACUCUAUCCCUUCGGUGGACACUUUUGAAAACCUCAGUGAUGGAGAAGGUGAAUCUUCAAGUUUCCCAGAGCACAAAGGUGCUAGUAAGCUGGACAGCAGUGCAAUAUGUUCCUCAGUAGUUGUUCACAAUUCCGAAAGCAAUACCGCUGUCAGAACUGGUUUUAUGGUACCUUCGGAAAAUCAAAAUGGAGUGUCAGACAGCGCUGCAAAACCUCCGUCUAAAAUUCUAGAGCUGAUGGAUGGGUUUAGAGCUUCAAAGGCCUUGUUUGUAGCCUCUAAGCUAAAGAUAUUUGAUCAUCUGAAAGCUAAAGGUCCACAGAAGGCUGUGGAUAUUGCAAGUGAGCUUGGAACCUCUGUAUGUGGAACAGAAAGACUCCUUGAUGCAUGUGCUGCUCUUGGAUUGCUGGAGAAAACACCACAAGGUUACAGUAAUACAGAUUCAGCAAAUACCUACCUGACCUCAGAUGGUGAAUACUCACUUCAUGGCUACAUUAUCCAUUCUAAUGACCACCUUUGGCCUCUCUUCACAAAUUUGGAGUCUGCAGUCAAAGAAGGCAAGAGGCAGAAUCAUCAAGCCUUUGGAAAGAAAGCAGAGGAUUUAUUUAAGGACUACUAUCACAGCCAGGAGGUGAAGCAACGUUUUAUGGCUGCCAUGCACAGCAUCGCUCGCCUGACAGCAAGAGAUGUGGCUACAGCAUUUGAUCUUUCAUGCUUUAAAUCUGCUUGUGAUUUAGGAGGUUGCACUGGUGCUCUGGCUUAUGAGUUAGUAAAAAUAUACCCAAAUCUCAAUGUCACAGUAUUUGACCUUCCAGAAGUCAUUGCAAACACCUCAUACCUUCAGCCGUCAGGACAACACACACCUCCAGUGACGUUUGUAUCCGGUGACUUCUUCAAGGAUAAUAUUCCAGAAGCAGAUCUUUACAUCCUUUCACGUGUUCUUCAUGACUGGCCUGAUGAAAAGAUACAAGUGCUGUUAAGCAAGAUAUCAUCUGCUUGCAAACCAGGAAAUGCCUUGCUACUGGCAGAAAUUGUGCUUGACGAGCAGAAGACGCACCCUCCUAGAGCUGUCCUACAGUCCCUCAGUAUGACUGAAGGCAAGCAGAGAAGUGGCUCAGAAUAUAAACAGCUACUGGAGAAAUACGGAUUUGCAGAUGUACAAAUUAAGAUCACAGGAAACUUAUUAGAUGUUGUUUUAUGCUCCAGGAAGAAUCUGUCACCAUAGUGUGCCCAGAAGCAAACUGAGAUGCUAAUUUUUUACAGCUCUUGUUGUAAAAACACAUCAGCUGGAACAUAUUGUCAGUUUAGGAUCAUUUCGACUCUUUUUUUUUUCUGAAGCAUAAUUGUUACAGGCUUUGAACAGAAGUUGGACUGCAGCUUUUGCAGGAGUGAGUUUCUGUGCAUUUAAAAACUGUCUGGAGCAGGAAGAAAUGCUAGUCCUCUUUCACUUUUCUGUGGGGCUUUACUGAAAAGCAUCUCGAGGAUACCCUUUUUUAACCAUUUUUUCCACAGGCAAAAGUGAAAAUAGGACAAAGCUUAAACAUGUUUCUACAGCAGCUGUAAUGUCACAGAGAAACAUUAACAGCCUCUGACCUCCAGCCACAGGAUGUACCCACACAGGCUGUAGUUGAGAGCUGUUCCUAUCUGUUCCUGUCAGUUUGGGGUUUUUCUGGAUAUGGUUAAAUGGGCCAUAUAUGCUUUCUGUCUCAUUACUUGAGAUGAGACUUGGGAUUUAUGUAUAAAUUCUUAAAAAAAAAAAUACAAGUUUCUUCAAGUUUGAGUCUUUAAUUGGAGAAGUACAUUCUGUAUCCCAAGUCUUUUUGUCACUGUCACUUCUCUUAGUGUUUAUUUUUUUUCCUGAUACUUAAUUGAUAUUUAUUUUUCCUAUUUAAAAUGUACUUUGUAGUGGAAGCCGUCCUGGAGAUUAAAGUUGCACUUUCAAACUA